AUGUCGUCAUUUGGUCUGUUCAAUCCAACAAAGAAGAGAGACGAGGAAAAGUUGCAAUUGGUGAAAAUUAUCAUCAUCACAAGACAACGUUUUAUUGGUCUCGGUUCAGUGCGGCUUGAGUGUUACGAAAUAUUGACUAAUAAAAAUGAUGUUGAGAGAAGAAAUGGUAUGAUUUACAAACCCCCGAAUAUGCUCAUCGGUCUGGCGUUAAGUAAUAAAUUUUUGCCGGUACAUUGUGUGGUCGCGCGAGAUGAGUGUCCACAACGUGUCUUACAAGACGGCUUCGUAAUUGUACCAGCACAAGCGAAAUUUCAUGAAAUUGUAUCCGUCGUUCUACGCACAAUGGAAGCCGAUGUUGGAAAGCUCGAAGCAGAUGAAAGAGCCGAUGGUCAAAUACUGAUAAAAAAUUGGAAUCCUUUGCCCAUUCCAACUGUUACUGAAAAUCGAACAGUCACUGUUCAAGAUAUCUUAGGUGAUCUUAUGAAUGUUGCUGUCCUUCAAAUUCGCAUAUCCAAAUAUGCGAAUGCACUAGACGAUAAACGAUCGGUACGUUUAUUGAAACAAUUAAUGCCUUUAGUUAGUGAAGAACGAGACAAACAUGAACUCGUUAAUAAACUAUGCCAAGUCAUGCAGGAUGAUACAGAAGAUGAUGACGAUGGAUUACCACAAUCUUCAUCAUCUAAGCCCACAACAAGUCCAAAUGGAUAUUCAAUAGCAUCAUCGAAUUCGAAUACAAACGAUGGUGAUAAUGCACCAUUGAAUCUUUCGACAAAACCAUAUUCGUCCCCAUCCGUUCCCGCGAAUUCGAACAAAUCUUUUAUGAACUAUCCAUUUGCUAGCCUUUUAUCAUUAGCUCAACAUCAACAGUAUGACUCACCACCCAUACACUCAUCAUCAGCAGCGAUUAAAGAUUAUGCAUACAACCGUCGACAACGUGAACGUACGACAUUUGAUCCGCACGAAGAAACGCCACGUUUAUUACAAAUUUUCACCGACACGAAACAUCCAACACGUUAUCAAAUUGCAUCUAUAUGUGAAAGUCUCAAUGCAUUACCUUGCCGAAAAGGGAAAAAAGCUUUGGAACCGUAUAAUAUUCAAUAUUGGUUUAAAAAUGCUCGUGCUGCACUGAAACGUAAAAAGCGUCGAUUCAAUAAUUCGGAAACGCCCACGCCGCAGCCGUACAUACCGACGUUGUCACACCAACUGCCUAAUAAUUCCGAUGAACCAAAUCAUGCACCAAUUAAAUGCGAACUUGACUCAUCAGAUGAACUUGAAGACGACGAAGAUGACGACUUAGAUAUCGACGACAAGCAAAAACAAGAAAAUCACAAUAAUUACUACUUCAAUUACUUACAAGCAUUUGACAUUUCCUUAACAGAUCAGCAACGACAGAAAACCAGUCAAUCAGAUGAAAGCAAUGAUGAAGAUAACAUGAGUUCUGUGAGUGAACAAAGUCCACCAACUCAAAUCUCGUUUAAUUCGACGAAACUAUCCAAUACAACAACAGCAUUUGAAUAUAAUCGUUCUCGACGAAAUCGAAUAUUCAUUGAUCCUGCAUCGGAAGUGCCGAAGUUGGAACAAUGGUUUGCUAUUGAAACGCAUCCUGAUCACGUUCUAAUUGAACGAAUUUGUUCGGAAUUAAAUGAAGGUGAAUAUCGAACAAAAUUCCCUAAACUCGAAUCAAAACACAUACGUUUGUGGUUUAAAAAUCAUCGUGCAAAAGUAAAACGUAUCUGUCGGAUUCAAACUCCCAAUGUAGUUAAUGAUACAACAGUUGAAACAACCGAUAAAAAUCUGCACAAUGUGCAAUAA